AUGAAGCUGAUCAUCGUCCUUGGGUCUCUGCUGGCAGUUGGAUUGGCUGCGGCGCCUCCACCGCCGCCGCCACCUCCUCCAGGAGCCCCGGCUCCGCCUAACAAGGCGAAUCCUGGACCUCCUGGAGGUUCGCCACCGCCACCGACGCCUGCGGCUUCUGGAGAUGUGCCACCAAGAGCUGGAUCACCGCCGCCACCACCACCAAACGGAGCCUCACCACCGCCAGCUGGUCCUGGAAGCCGUCCUCCUCCACCUCCGCCAACGCCUGCCGCUUCUGGAGAUGCUCCACCAAGGCCUCCACCAGCCCAAGGUCGUGCUCCUGCUGGAGCUCCACCACCGCCGCCGCCACCAGCUGGAACUCCUCCAAAGUCGGGAUCUCCCCCACCGCCACCGCCACCAACACCAGCUGCUUCUGGAGAUGUGCCACCAAGAGCGGGAGGAUCUCCACCGCCACCACCAGCUUCUUCAGGAGGUGCUCCUCCUAAGUCGGGAUCUCCACCUCCGCCACCUCCGCCAACGCCUGCCGCUUCUGGAGAUGCUCCACCAAGGCCUCCACCAGCUCAAGGUCGUGCUCCUGCUGGAGCUCCACCACCGCCACCACCGCCUGGAAAUGCUCCUCCCAAGUCAGGAUCUCCACCUCCGCCGCCGGCACCAACACCAGCUGCUUCUGGAGACGCCCCUCCAAGAGCUGGAGGAUCUCCGCCUCCUCCACCACCAAAUGGAGCCUCGCCGCCGCCAGCUGGUCCUGGAAGCCGUCCUCCUCCACCUCCGCCAACACCUGCCGCUUCUGGUAACGUUCCGCCAAGGUCUGGACCUCCACCAGCUCAAGGCCGCGCUCCUGCCGGUUCUCCAGCUCCUCCUCCGCCACCACCGCCGCCGAGAGCUGGAUCUCCUCCCCCUCCGCCGCCGCCAACACCUGCGUCGUCCGGCUUCUGGUCCGUCUUAGGCUUCUGAAGCGGUCAGUUUGAACUAUUUUGAUAAAUACUGAAAUUUUUUUAGAUGA